ACUCUGUAAAGACGAAGAAAGGAAUUAGGGUUUUCAUUCAACAUUCAAUAAUACGUUGACAAAUAAAAAUUUUCCUAUUUUUUGCGACAAUGAAGAAUCGGAAUCCGAGCGAAAAUGGAAAUGGGAACCGAAGUAUGAUGAGCGGCCCAAAACCGAUGACAAUGAAGAAGAAAAAGAACAUGAAUCGACUGGGAGGAACUGGAAGCGGUCUCUCGCUUCAAGCGUUUGCUAAUGCCAAAUCCACCAACAAUAACUACAAUCCCGCGUUAAUAAAGAAGAAAAGGGAGUUCUAUAAAAAUGCUAAGUAUGUUAACAGGUAUAAGAAGUCAUUAAAGCAACAAAAUCAGGGGAAGAACGAUCUUCCUUCAUCCCCAAGAAUCCCAGAGGAUGAGAAUGAAGACAGUAAUGGUAGUAGGACAAACAAAAUGAAGAAUUCGAAGACGAGGAGGAAUAGUUAUCACAGUUUGAAAGAAGUGUAUGAGAAGCAGUGGGAGGAGAAAGAGAAGGCAAGGAUAGAGAGGGAGGCAACUAUUCAAGCAAAGAAGGAACAUAGGGAGAAAGCUGAAGCCCAGAGGAAGGUAGAAAGGAAGGAGAUGUUCAAAAAGACAAGACAUGGUCAGCCAAUAAUGAAAUAUAGAAUCCAGCACCUCUUGCAGUCUAUACAGAGUUCACCUAGUGGUGCCUCGGGUAAUACAAAUUAGUGAUGUGAAACGCGUUAUUUGUUGUUUUGUCCUUCAUUUUAGUGCUUACGGUAGCUGGUACAUAGAACAUGUGAAACAGUGCAGUUUUCCAAUGUAGUUUUAAGUACCCGAAAGUGAGGAUUUUCUUCAUACUGCUAAAUAGUUAUGAAUGUCAAGUAAAUGUCCAUUAUGGUGAAUCACGGUGACGGAUCCACGCAUAUACUUGCCCACCCUGAAAUCUAAGUUUUAUUUGGU